GUUCUCGCACUCGCCUAGCUAGGCGGCUCCGCUGUGAACGUGGGCAAGACAGAUGCGUCAUUCGCAUGUGUGUUCUCAGUUUCUGUGGUGUACAAGACAUCGAGAGACUCUCCCGAAGAAUGCCAUUGGCCGGAAUCAGGAUAUUCUUGUAGAAUUAAGGGGUUGGGGAGACAUGCCGGGCCAGCCUACAAAAAGGGGUCCGUCGUCGCCGUGGAUCAUGAUUGAUUACUUCGGUAGACGGCAUUCGAAAUACUUGUCAAAUAUCUCCAAGCUCAGCCAAAAUGACGGAAUACAAGCUCGACAUCAAAAUCGAUAAGAACAUGGUCCAGAAGUUCAAGGCCAGCGGUCUUAGGUUAUGCCUUGGCUUCGGCUUCGAUACGACUGCGCGGCCUGGGUCUACCAAGUUCAACGUCAUCGGGUAUUCUUCAGUCUGCGCUCGAAACUUGACCGUGUCAUGGGUAGACGAUUACUCCAUCGCAGGAACAAUGAGCGCCUUCUCAAGCGGAGUGAAAUUCGACGUCGCAACAACCCAACAACCCAUCACUUUUGGCGAAUCCUGGACCCUCCCACCAGACUGGACCGACGGCAUCACAACGACGGACGAAACCGCCCCCGCCAACGGCUUCCUCUUCAAGAACCUCGCUUCCUCCGCAUCGGCAGUCAUUUACAAGACCGUCAACGGCGUCGAGGCCCCCGUUCAUGUCAGCCAGUUUGGCCCGCUCCCGCCCGGCUCCGAGACGCUGACGCCCAAGCCGCUGGCGGCAGUGUGGUUCCAGCCGUCGGCGGAGACGGGCGCCAUGGUGGACAAGAUUCACGAUUCUUCGCUAAAGAUUCUUGACUUUGAGGAUGUCACGUCGCAUGAGAUUGAGUAUGGCCCUUCUGGGUCGUGGACUAUUGUUGAUUAGAGAGGGUGAUUAUCAGUGGCUGGGAAGGGUGUUGAACACCAGACUGCAACUAGCGAUUCAAACAGAGCGUGCUUGAGAUGGGAUGCCAAUACCCCAAAUAAACAGACUUCAGAUGAACAUAUUCAUUCUUGGCGUC